AUGGUCGAAGGUUGGGAUACAUUAUAUCCAAACAUUAAAAAAUGGUUGAAAUUAGUUGAAAGCCGUCCAUCUUUUGCUAAUGCCUUCCGUUUGGCUGAAGCCGAUUUAAAAGAAAGAAUUGCUAAAGGAAUUAAACCAUCAACCACCACUUCACCAGAUGAAGCUGAGGCCAAAAGAGCUCUAGCUAAAGAAAAACAUUAA